AUUUCUAUUCGACUAGUCGAGGAACUUCACAACCAAACAUGGCUGAGAACGGAGACGUCGUUGCUAUUGACACCGAGGUGAUGGAGGAGGUUGAGCAGGUUGAGACCGGCCCCAUGGACCCCAUGGACGCCCUCAAGGUCGUCCUGCGCAACGCGCUCAUCCACGACGGGCUCGCCCGCGGCCUCCGCGAGGCUGUCCGCGCCCUGGACCGCAAGGAGGCCCACCUGUGCCUCCUCGCCUCCAACUGCUCGGAGCCGGCGUACACCAAGCUCGUCUCGGCACUCUGCAACGAGCACCAGAUCCAGCUCAUCCAGGUGGAGUCGAACAAGGAGCUCGGCCUCUGGGCCGGCCUCUGCAAGCUCGACGCCGAGGGCCAGCCCCGCAAGGAGGUUGCCUGCUCGUGCGUGGUCAUCCGUGACUACGGCGUCCAGUCGCACGCCCUUGACGUCCUCCAGGAGUACCUCAAGGCCCAGCAGGACGAGGAGUAAGCGCUGCAGCACGUCCUGCAGCCCUGCCGCCGCUGUCGCCUUGAAUGGUCGACACGCUGUGUGGCGCUUGGGGUUGUGGGUGUGUUAAACCGACUCAUCAUCGAUCAA